UAACGUAGACGAGCGUGGCGUGUGGAAGCAGCCGUUUGCUGAACGUUUCCGCUAACAUUUUUUUUUUUUAUUUACGAUACGAUACAAUACGAUACGAUUAAAAUACGAUAGACUUUUAAUCCUCGAAAGUUCGAAAAGUAUUAAUCUUGUGCGCGAUAAAAGAAUUUCGUUUAUUCUCGCCAUUUCGUGUCCGUGCUCGAGAUAUCUCUUUAUUUUUAUUAAUAUUUAAUAUUAAUAUUAAUAUCAUCAUUAUUAUUAUUAUUAUCAUUAUUAUAAUCAUUAUUAUUAUUAUUGUUGUUGUCGUUGUUAUCAAUAUUUUGUUCGUGGAAGGGCGCGAAGCAAGCGGAUUAGAGAGGGGGAAAAAAAAGAAAUAAGAAAAGAAAAGAAAAGAAAAGAAAAGAAAAAAGUUAUCUCUUGGAUCGAUAUAAAUUUUCACGAGACACAUAGAGAUCAACGAUCAAUAUCAUCAGCUGUUCGAUUCGACUUUGAGAGAGAAUCGUCGGAAUGAAUGUGUGUGACGGAGGAGACGCACGUGCUCCGUGGCUUUCGCGUUCUCCAAUGAGAUCUCUCUCUCUCUCUCUCUCAUGAUUUUUCAAGCAACUUAGAAACCGUUCUUUUUCGAUUUCCCAACGGAACUUAGUGUCGAAGAAAAAGGAAAAAAGAAGAAGGAGAAGAAGAAGAAGAAGAAGAAGAAGAAGUAGAAGAGGAAGAAGAAGAAGAAGAAGCAAAGAAAGAUAAAAAAGAAGAAGAAAAAUAUCGUUGAUUAAAUCGAAAGGGAAAAUUUCAAAGGGUGCAAGAAAUUGAAUAUAUAUUUCCGUCUGUUGAUCGAACGUUUACGUGAGUACAUUGAUCUCUCGAGGAUGAACGAUGCGAACGGAACUGUGCGUUGGCAGGGAAAGAUGAUCGGACGCAAAAUGUCAUGUUUGGAUACUUAAACUGACGUGAAAGGAUCCUCCGGAUUUGGAUUAGAAAACAGUGUUGGUAGAAAUUGUAAGGAGAAUGAUUGGACAGGUGUUGGUAUCGGCUAAGGAUCCCGCGAAAUACAAAAAAGGAUCCUAUGCUGAUGAUCAAAGAAAUUUUCGUGUAAUCGUAUAAAUAUAAGAUAAUAAUUAAGUGUUUAUAUAAUUAUUUAAACAAAUCUAAUCGAUUCGUCUAAUCGAUAAUAAAUUAGAUCGAAGAUCGAUAAAAGACAGUGAAGAUAAAUCCGUGACAGAAAACAAAAAAAAAAAAAAAAGAAAAGGAAAAGAUACUCCAAACGAUUAGUAUUUUAAAAAUGUAGUGUGAAACGAUUGUCAAGGUCGACGAAUCUCGGAUUAGUUCUUAAUCGAACUUUACCGAAUCGUCGACGACGAAAUUUAAAAGUUCAAGAUGCUGGACAUAUUUCGUGGUUUAAAGAGCCUAAUCAAGAUCUCACAUAUACACAUUGAUACAGCCGUAUUUCGCCUACAUUAUAGCUUGACAGUGAUAAUACUGAUAUCGUUUAGCUUGAUAGUCACAACGAGGCAAUACGUUGGCAAUCCGAUCGAUUGUAUACACAGUAAAGACUUACCAGAGGAUGUGUUGAAUACUUACUGUUGGAUACACAGUACUUACACGAUCACUGCAGCGUACAGGAAAAGAGAAGGCUCGGAAGUACCUUUUCCAGGUGUCGAUAAUUCAAAAUUGUAUCCGGAAUCUGAGAGGAAGGAGUACAGGUAUUAUCAGUGGGUCUGCUUCAUGCUGUUCCUUCAGGCGAUUCUCUUUUACACUCCGCGAUGGCUGUGGAAGGGCUGGGAGGGUGGGAAGAUUCACGCUCUCAUGAUGGAUCUCGACAUAGGUUUGUGCUCGGAGGUAGAAAAGAAACAAAAAAAGAAGAUGCUGCUUGACUACCUAUGGGAGAAUCUACGUUAUCACAAUUGGUGGGCAUACAGGUACUACCUCUGCGAAGUUCUCGCUCUUCUGAACGUGAUCGGUCAGAUGUUCUUGAUGAACCGUUUCUUCGACGGAGCCUUCCUGACUUUUGGGAUCGACGUACUUAGGUUCCUCGAGUCCGAUCAAGAGGACCGGGUCGAUCCAAUGAUCUACGUCUUUCCACGAAUGACCAAGUGCACCUUCUACAAAUAUGGCGUUAGCGGUGAGGUCGAGAGGCACGAUGCAGUUUGUAUAUUGCCAUUGAACGUUGUCAACGAGAAGAUCUACGUCUUCCUUUGGUUCUGGUUCCUUCUUCUUGGGAUAUUAAGCUUCAUAACGGUAUUAUACAGGAUCGUAAUCAUAUUUUCACCGCGAACGAGGGUAUAUCUACUGAGACUGAGAUUUCGUCUGGUUAGAAGAGAGGCCGUUGAGACGAUAGUACGACGUAGCAAGGUCGGCGAUUGGUUUCUCCUUUAUAUGCUAGGCGAAAACUUGGACACCGUAAUAUACAGAGACGUGAUGCACGAAUUGGCGAAUAAGCUUGCCUCAAGGCAUCAUCACGGCGUACCAGGAGCAAAGGGAGAACUACAAGAAGCCUGAUCGAGGCUGC